AUGUCUCCCAUCAAUACUUUGUCCAACUUUGAUCACUCUAGCAUUGAUUUUCGUAACGUCAAUGCUCGUCGCGCCCACAUGAAGGCGUUCUUUCUUCACCUUGGCCUCUGGAUUGAGGAGAAGGUCAAAGAAAUUCGCAAUUACAGUCAGGAGCAAGCUUGUGUAAUAGUGUACGGCACAGGCCAACGCCAAGUCAACCAAGUUUACUUCGAGCUUAUGGUUGACCAAAUCUUUUGGUUCAACGUUGUCAAUAACGGCAACCUGUUCGGCCAAGAUCCCGAUUGGCCUUGGACGUACGAGGGCGUGAUUGACAAGACGGACGUGGCCACCUCCGGACCGUCUGUUUUUUACAAGGAAUGGCAACGACGCAGCCUGCCCGGUAAGAUUGAGCACAUCAUGGCAACAGGACAAGUGCUGGAUUUCGACAAACUCUCCUUUCACGUUGAUUACAUGCCCAAGGAUACUCAUAUCGAGUGCAUCUUUGGCGGUGGUUCAACUCGGUUCCCCGCCCAUCGCAUCCGGGCCUUGGACGAGAAGCAGUUGCGCAGCUACAUUCUUGGGGUGGUCGAUGGCGCGUUUCCACUUUGUGCCAAGGCAUACGCGGCUGAUGAGAUCCUCCCUCUGACAAGGUACAAGAUCAUCAGAGGAGACUCAGGAAAUUGA